AUGCGGCUAAUCAUCCUGGAGGAUGCAGAUGUGGUGGCGGACUGGGCGGCGAGGUUCGUGCUGCAGCGCGUGACGCAGUUCGCUCCGGGGCCGGGCCGCCGCUUCGUGCUGGGCCUGCCCACCGGAGGGACCCCGCUCGGCAUGUACCGGCGCCUCAUCGAAUUCCACCGCCAGGGGCUCAUCUCCUUCAAAUACGUCACAACUUUUAACAUGGACGAGUAUGUCGGUCUGCCCCGCGACCACCCCGAGUCCUACCACUACUAUAUGUGGAACGAGUUCUUCAAGCACGUGGACAUCGAGCCCGAGCACGCGCACGUGCUGGAUGGGAACGCGACUGACUUGGCCGCCGAGUGCCAGCGUUUCGAAGAUCUUAUAAAGGAGGCUGGCGGCGUGCAUCUCUUUAUUGGCGGCAUCGGUCCGGACGGUCACAUCGCGUUCAACGAGCCGGGCUCGUCGCUGGUGUCGCGCACGCGAGUCAAGACCCUGGCCUAUGACACGUUGGAGGCCAAUAAGCGGUUCUUCGGCAACGACAUAACCAAAGUGCCGCGGCAAGCGCUCACCGUCGGCGUCGGCACCGUCAUGGACGCUAAGGAAGUGAUGAUCCUGAUCACGGGCGCACACAAGGCGCUGGCACUGGCCAAGGCGGUGGAGGAGGGCGUCAACCACAUGUGGACCGUGUCCGCCUUCCAGCAGCACGCGCAGGCGCUCUUCGUAUGCGACGAGGACGCCACGCUCGAGCUCAGAGUCAAGACCGUCAAGUACUUCAAGGCGCUGAGCGAGGAGCAUCAGCGCAUGAUCGCCGACCUGCCCGUGGCCCAGCAGGCGCUGCUGCACUGA